AUGUCGUAUAUGUCCGGUAUCAACUCUUCCACUUCCCUUAUGGGUUUCUCCGUCCAUCAGCCUGCCAUUGGUGCCCCUUUGCAGUUCUUUCCUGCCAUGGGGUCCAAGCAGUUGGACGAGAUGAUCGACGCUUAUGUCCCCGGGGAUGCCUCCAUCCUCGAUAAGCGUGCUACCGUUUCUAUGGAAUUCUUCGAGCACAGCAUGGCGACCGGCGAACUUUUCAAAUUCUUCAUGGUUUACCCUGCUCUUGGCUCUGCCACUGAAUCGCCUAGUAUAGCCUUGGCUGAUUCUGGCUACGUUUCCAACUUCACAUCACCUGUUAUGUCCGAGAGCCAAUGGACCCAAGCUAGUAAUAUUUCUUCGUCUAGCGAACACAGGGCCCAAAAGUCGUCUCCUAAGAAGACGGCUCUAUCCAAUGAUUUCUCACAUCUUCCCGGUAUGAAGAUUUUAACUAAGGAUGGAAAGGACGUCACCAAUUCGGCUUCCCGUGGCUGCAAAACAAAAGAGCAGCGUGACCACGCUCACUUAAUGCGUAUCAUCAAGGCUUGCGAUUCUUGCCGGAGAAAGAAGGUGCGUUGUGACCCAAGUCAUAAGCGGUCGUCCGGUUCUUCUGCAGCCAAAACCGCCAAGAAGACGAAGAAGAUCGCUGCACCAUCCGUCCCAGCAUCGGCACCUCCACCACAAACAACAUUAGAAUCUUUAGGGCAAUCUUUAUAUAUGCCAUCAUUCGACAUUGCACACUUAUCUGGUUCAUCUUUUGACUCCGUCAUGUCGGAGUCGCUAGUUGAUCCUACUAUGGACUGGGAUCAGUUCGUUCAGUAUGACGAGGAGCCAUUUGAGACUAUUCCAUACGACUACGACUUCUUCUUUGACCCUGCGGGCCACCUUACACCAACAUCAUCCAACUCAUACUCGUCGCCAUCUCAACCAAUUACUCCGGCUCAAACAGCGGGCCUCGAGAACACGGCAGUUGGCCUAACAGAAGAUGCCCAGGCAGUACUACCACCUUAUCUAAACCCAGGUGGCGAGGCUGGCAACAACUACGCCGACUUCAACCUAUACUCACCAGGUUCUUCGGUUGACCUAGAUGAUGACCCAAGCUUAAAUCUCGAACAAGGUCUGGAUUCUUCAUACCAAUACCAUACUAUGGCGCAGUCUAAGAAACGUGGCCAAAAGCGAGGUGGCCACAAAGGUUCUGGUUCAAAAUCUGUUGUUUCUAAUGCUCCUAAUGCUCCUACCACUACCCAGCCAAACGGCAGCAUCAUCGUCAACAAGCCUACAUCUAGCCAAAACCAUGCGUCGCCUCGUGUACAGGUCGGUGUUACUCCCGUUGCGAAUCAAGGUGACACCAAAGUCAACUCUCGUCAAUCCGAUAGUCAAAAACCACUCGGAGGUAAAAUAGGCGGCCAAACCCGUGGCCUACCACCUCCUACUCCCUUUAUCGACAAUAGAAGAGAGAAUGCUCCCCCUCACAAUCUAUCGUCCACCGUCUCCCAAUCUCAGCCGCCUAACCCAAAGCCCCUCCUUGCGGAGGGCCGGGUUCAAGUCCAGAAAACGGGUACCCGCAGCCAGCACGUCACCGCAGCCUUUGUUUCUCCUAACAAGCCUGCAAUAGAAGAUAAUGUUCCCCAAAAUACGCAAGUCGAAGAGGUCGCCUCCGGUAUUAACUGUCUCACUCUUGAUGAUAUUUCCGGUAGUGGAGAGCCCCCUAAGCCGGGACAUGCUUCUACAGCGGCCGCUCCUAAUGCUUUAGCCGCUCCGAUCAUGGUUGCCUUACCUCCCACCGAUAAGACCGCUGCUCUAAAAUCUCCUUCACCUCUAGUUCCUAAUCUGCCUGGACUAAUCGAACCCCAGACGGAGGAGGAACGAGUUGAGCGAGCAUACCAUCUCAACUUGAUGCAAGAGGCACUUGCUAUGGGUAAUCUAGCUCUAAAUACUAAUGAGACGCCAGUAGGUUGUGUCUUGGUCCAUAACGGAAAGGUUAUCGCUAAAGGAAUGAACGCGACAAACGUUACCCGCAACGGGACUCGUCAUGCUGAAUUUAUGGCCCUGUCUGCCUUACUUUCCCGGAAAGGGCCAAAGGAUGCCAAAGAAGUUGACAGCAGCCCAGCUCUGGAUGAUCCUAGCUGGGAGGAUGUAGAUCCGACAGACAGUCAUAUCUAUCCUUAUGGUCAGAAGCUCCAUCCGGCCCCGGCGAUUAGUCGCAGCAUCAUAUCUGAGUGUGUUCUCUACGUUACGGUUGAGCCCUGCGUCAUGUGCGCCUCUCUUCUUCGCCAACUAGGCAUCAAGAAGGUAUAUUUUGGUGCUGUCAAUGAUAAGUUUGGUGGGACCGGAGGCGUUUUCAAAAUCCACCAGAACUCCAAGCCUGUUCCGAAGCCAGCAGACCGUCCCUAUCAAAAUGGAUAUGGUCCUCAAGACGCCAGUCGUAUCCACCAAGGCAAAGCUACUCCCAUACCGAGAGGUGAGGAUGACGGUGACGGCGGCAAUGUGGAACAUGGUUAUCCGGUAGAAGGUGGAUAUCUUCGUGACGAGGCUGUCUCACUACUCCGACGAUUCUAUGUCCAGGAGAAUGGUCGAGCUCCCCAGCCUCGCAAAAAGGAGGGUAGAGCUGCUCGCUUAUUCGCAAUGGAGAACCAGGCUAAGAAUGGCGGAAGUGCUUCUGAGUUUUCGGAUGGUGGUGGCCCCGUUGAUAAUGAGGCGGCAGCUGAUGAUGGUGAGGCAAUGGAGAUUACUAAUGGUACUACGAAUAUUUAG